ACGAAGGUCUACCCAAGUCCGGUGGCUGGAAGUUGCAGCUAAACAAAUUCAGGACAGGAAGCUAACCAAAGCCGAACAGCAGAGGUUUAAGGAAGAAGCAGAGAUGCUAAAAGGCCUACAGCAUCCGAACAUCGUCCGGUUUUACGAUUCCUGGGAGUCCACGGUGAAGGGGAAGAAAUGCAUCGUGUUGGUCACUGAGCUGAUGACGUCUGGCACCUUAAAGACGUACUUAAAGCGAUUCAAAGUCAUGAAGCCGAAGGUCCUGAGGAGCUGGUGCCGACAGAUCUUGAAAGGGUUGCAGUUCCUCCACACCCGGACCCCGCCCAUCAUCCACCGGGACUUGAAAUGCGACAACAUCUUUAUCACGGGACCCACGGGUUCGGUGAAGAUCGGCGACCUGGGCCUGGCCACCUUGAUGCGCACAUCGUUUGCCAAGAGCGUCAUUGGCACCCCCGAGUUCAUGGCCCCGGAGAUGUAUGAAGAGCAUUACGACGAGUCGGUGGACGUGUAUGCUUUCGGGAUGUGCAUGCUGGAAAUGGCCACCUCCGAGUACCCCUACUCCGAGUGCCAGAACGCCGCCCAGAUCUAUCGCAAAGUCACCAGCGGCAUCAAACCCGCCAGCUUCAACAAGGUGACCGACCCGGAGGUGAAAGAGAUCAUCGAGGGCUGCAUCCGGCAGAACAAAUCCGAAAGGUUGUCCAUCAAAGACCUUUUGAACCACGCCUUCUUCGCGGAGGACACGGGGCUGCGGGUGGAGCUGGCGGAGGACGAUGACGGGCUGAGCUCUUCUUUGGCCUUGAGGCUUUGGGUGGAAGACCCCAAGAAGCUGAAGGGGAAGCACAAGGACAACGAAGCCAUCGAGUUCAGUUUCAACCUGGAGUCGGACGUCCCCGAGGAAGUGGCGUGCGAGAUGGUGAAAUCCGGAUUCUUCCAUGAAAGCGACUCCAAAGCGGUGGCCAAGUCCAUCCGGGACCGUGUGGCCCUGAUCAAGAAGACCCGAGAGCGGCGGCAAGCCAGCUGCCUGGAGGAACAGCGGGAGGCCCAGUGCAAGGCAGCCGGUGGGGCCCUGCUGCCCCAGGGCGUCUCGCUGACCGGCCCGGCCCAGGCGGCGGGCGCCGAGUGGGAGGAGACGGAGGUGGACCAGCACGUCCGGCAGCAGCUGCUGCAGCAGACUCAGCACCAGUCUUCCUUGGCGGCUGAGAGCCUGUCGGAGAAGAGCGUCGGGUCGGUGAUUCUAUCGGAUGCCCCCAGACAGCACAGCCUGACCUACUCGGAGCAGGCGAUGGGCGGCCCCCUGCAGGCCUCCAUCCUCCCACCGGUGGAAUCCAGCCUUCAGGGACAUCUCUACCCGUCACAGCCGCUGAUGGGACACUAUCAGCAGAUUGCCGGGGUGCAGCAGCAGAACCUGGGCCACCCGCGGAUCUUACCCCCAGCUCUACCCACCCACAGCUUAGCUCCGCCGGCAGCUCCCCAGCCCCAGGUCUCGCCUGUUGCGGUCCCGCAGCUCACGCAGAUGAUGCACCUCGAGUCGCAGCUGCCCUACGGGGCCGAGGGGCAGGCGCUGGAGCCGUCGGUCAUGGCGGCGCCCCAGGCCAUCCUGGCAGCUGCCUCUCCCCAGGCCAUGCCGGGGGCCAGUGCCCAGCUGGACUCCACCACCAGGACCGGGAGUCAGACGGCCACCGCCGCUGCAGCCGAGGUCGACCCGGCGUCUGGCUUCCUGACCCUCGCUCACAGCCUGGCACCGCAGAACCAGCCCUCGGCCCAGUUUGUUGGGAAUGUGCAGGGGAUGGCCCAACUCCUGCCGGCUUCCUUGGCUGGGCAGCCAGGGGCACCCAUGCAGCAGCUCCAGCAGGUUCCUGCCAGGCAGCCGCCCCAGCAAAUUCCUCAGCAAACUGUACCCACACAGCAGAUCCCAGCCAUGCAGCAAAUUCCUCAACAGACUACACGGAUGCAGCAGGUUCCUGGCAUGCAGCAGUCCCAGCAGGUGGUGUCUAUGCAGCAACCGCAGCAAAUUCCUCAACAGACUACACCGAUGCAGCAGGUUCCUGCCAUGCAGCAGCCGCAGCAGACAGUGACCAUGCAGCAGGUUCCUGGCAUGCAGCAGCCGCAGCAGGUUGCACCGAUGCAGCAACCCCAGCCGGUUGCGCCCAUGCAGCACCCCCAGCAGAUUCCCGCCAUGCAACAGCCACAGCAGGUGGUGCCCAUGCAGCAGGCGCAGCAAAUUCCUCAACAGACGGUGCCCAUGCAGCAGGUUCCUGCCAUGCAGCAACCCCAGCAGGUGGUGCCCAUGCAGCAGCCGCAGCAAAUUCCUCAACAGACGGUGCCCAUGCAGCAGGUUCCCGCCAUGCAGCAACCCCAGCAGGUGGUGCCCAUGCAGCAGCCGCAGCAAAUUCCUCAACAGACGGUGCCCAUGCAGCAGGUUCCCGCCAUGCAGCAACCCCAGCAGGUUCCCGCCAUGCAGCCGCCCCAGCAGUAUGCCGUAAUUCAGCCAGACUCCUUACUGCAGCCUUCCCUGGCCCAGCCAGCGCAGCCCAUGCGGCUGCAGCCGCCGCAGUUUGUGCUGCACGGGGGUGCCCUAGAGCAGACGCAGGGGCUACUGGCGCAGGAGCCGGAGCAGCAGGUGGAAAGUGUGUGUCCUGUCCCGGCCCCGGAGCAGCUGGCGUACCCGCUGCAGGCCCCUUACGCUGACCAGCCAGCAGAGCCGGUGGUGUACGCGUACCCGGAGCCGCCGGGGUACCCCCUCUACCCGGGGCAGCCUCCGUUCCGGGGGGAGCCGGUGGCGUUUCUGAGCCAGCUGGCAGAUCUGCAGCAGCCAGCCUUCGCGCCGUCUCCCGGGGCGCUGAGCCAGGAGGCCAGCAGCGAGCAGAUGCCCCCGGCGCUCUGCCAGCAGGACGGCAGUGGCUUGGGGCACGCCCUGGCACAAGGGCCGGGCGAUGGGCCACAAGCAGCGCUGCCGCCGGUCCCGUUCCUCCCGCCGCAGCCCUCGGCUUUCGCACCUCCCCCGAUGCAGCCGGCUCCUCUCCAGCCACAGCCGCUCCUGGCCACGGUCCCCGCCUUGCUCCAGACCCUGUCGCCCAGGCCGGAGCAGCUGCAGCCGCCCUCCUCGGAACAAGCCUCUGGAGCGCAGCAGCCAGCGGUGCAGAUCCCCGAGCAGCCAGCCUACGUCCUGUUAGCGGCAGAGUCGGGGGCGUCCCAGAGUCCGGUGGCCAGCCCUCUGCUCACCGCCUCCCCGCAGCCCGCCCUGAGCCCCCAGCCGCACCAACAGCACAGGCCGGGGCUGGAGCAGGUUUCCCAGCCUGCCUCGGGGCUGGAGCCCCAGAUCGCUGCUCCAAAGCCAGACUUCCCGCAAGGGCUAAAUCCCGAGCUGGCCGCUCUGAAGGAAAGCUCCAACGCACACGAGCCCACGAGCGGCAACGGCAAACAAGACAGAAGUAAACAGAGGCGGGCGUCCUGCCCCCGGCCGGACAAAGGGACCAAAUUCCAGCUCACAGUCCUGCAGGUGUCCACGGCUGGGGAUAACAUGGUCGAGUGCCAGCUGGAGACCCACAACAACAAGAUGGUCACCUUCAAGUUUGAUGCCGAUGGAGACGCGCCCGAGGAUAUUGCUGAUUACAUGGUGGAAGAUAACUUUGUGCUGGAGAGCGAGAAGGAGAAGUUUGUGGAGGAGCUGAGAGCCAUCGUGUGCCAAGCUCAGGAGAUCCUCCGAAGCCUGCCGGUGGAAGAGCGAGCAUCUGGCAACGAUUCCGUUCCCUCCGAGUCCAACAGCAGCCAAACAGGGUCGUCCGAGCAAGUUCAGAUAAACCCUACCUCCACUCAGACCGGCAACGAGUGCGCUCCUCAGUCCUCUCCAGUCGGCCGCUGGCGAUUCUGCAUCAAUCAGACAAUAAGGAACAGAGAGGGGCAGACGCCGGCUGUUCCCGUUACAGGUCCGGACAAGGAGAACGCUAAGGAGACGUGUCCCCAGGGUGGGCCACUGGCUGCCGAGAGCCAGGGUCCCAACGCCAGCCCAAAGGACAGCGCGGCACCGGAGUGCCCCGGCUUGAAAUCCGAGGGGCUGGCGGAAGGAGACGCAGAGAAGCUAGCGCCUCUCUCUGCCAACGACAGCUGGGCCGGGCCGGAGACGGGAGAGCCCCCUGCCCCACAGCCUGGUGACUGCCCUGUCGGCUUGGCAGUGGCGCCCGCUGGCGAGCCACCCCUCCUGACCGAGGUACCGGCGUCCGAGCGCCAGUCCCAGCACACUCCACAAGAGGGAGACGCCUCUCCGAGCUCCAAGGCCGGGCAGGCCCAGACGCCCGGCUCGGAACCGGCCCCGCUGCCCCCCUCGGUGCCAGAAGCUGACGGCGAGGGGCCGCCCAAGAGGGAUUUUGUCGACAACCGAAUCAAAACCCUGGACGAGAAGCUAAGGACGCUGCUCUACCAAGAGCAUAGCUACUCCGAGAGCCAGAAGGACACGCAGAGCACGGAGUCCCCACUCUCCUCGGCCGAGGAGACGCUGUCUUGUGCCGGGCCGGCAGCGCCAGGGAGCCCGGCGGAGUCCCAGGGGACCGACGCCUCCGAGGGGUCUCCGCUGCCCCCCCCCGAGCCUGCCAGCCAGGACCCCGACGUCAUCACAGUCGCACCCAGGGAACUCUGUCUGCAUGAGCCGUCCCCGGAGCCUUCCUCCCCGCCGAACCCCGAGGCCUGCCCCGCUGCAGUGGCCAGCGUCGGAGCCGUUCAUCUGCAGACAGGAGCGGAGGCAGAGGAGACGAGGACAGAGGGGCCUGCCGAGCAGGCCGGGCAGAACGAAGCCAGUGGGAGAUGGAGAUCGGCUUCGGUGUCCUAUCAGCGAGGCCGCUUCCAGGUCACCGCCGUGCCGCAGCAGCCAGCUCCCCGCGCAGCAGACGCCGGGCCUGACACAGCUGGGGCGGAGGAGCGUCAGACGGACGAUCCAGGCACCCCCCCGCCGGGAGAGUCACUCCCAUGGGCCAGCCCGGCCUGCGAGACAGACACCUCUUCCCUCACCCCGGAGCGGGAGCCGGAGGAGCUGUCGGCCACGGGGAGCAGCACGGAGCCGUGGGCCGAGGGGCCCGUCCGGAGGCAGCCCAGCUCCGACAGCGAGCUGGGCCCCGAGGAGUUGGGGGAGACCCUGGGGUCCAGCAGGGAGCGGUGCCCCCCGGCGCCCGAGGACCGUGCCUGCCACGGGGCCAAGCGCCGCAGCUCCCUCUUCCUCUCAGCCUCCUCGCCCAUGAGCAGCGACGACGAGUCCGAGCUCGAGGACGAGGACCUGAAGGUGGAGCUGCAGCGGCUGCGGGAGAAACAUGUCCAGGAGGUGGUGACGCUCCAGGCCCAGCAGAGCCGCGAGCUGCAGGAGCUGUACAAACGCCUGCAUGCCCUCAAAGACAGCAAGCCCGAGCUGUCGGAGCUGUCCCUGCAGCCCGCCUCCCCCCGCCGGCCUCGCUCCUUCAAAAGCAAACUGCGCAUCCGGCCCCAGGUCCUGACGCACGCCGAGAACUGUAUCGUCGCCACCGAGUGCUGCUGCACGACCACCGCCGCCUCCAUGAUUGACUAUCAGCUGAGCAUCCAGGCCCGCCUGCUGCAUCAGAGCUGCGCCCCGGGGGAGCCCAGCCCAGAGCAGCUGUGCGUCGUCAGCGGCGCCGCCUCCUGCCAGCAGUCCCCGGCCAGCAAGAAGGGGAUGUUCACCGACGACCUGCACAAGCUGGUGGACGACUGGACUAAGGAGGCCGUCGGGAACGCGCUCCUGAAACCCAGCCUGAACCAGAUCAAACAGAACCAGCACCGGCUGGACGGGGACAGCUGGAGCAAAGCCUGUGAGAACACGUCGGCGUCGGUGGGCUACAGCUCCACCUGGAUUUCCUCCCUCUCCCAGAUCCGCGGGACUGUGCCGGCCUCCUUGCCCCCCGGCCUGUCCCUCCCGGCUUUCCCCAGUGUCCUGCCACCCUACGGCGUGCCCCACGCCUGCCAGUACAAUGCCAUGGCAGGGGCGGCGUACCCAGUGCAGUGGGGGGGCGUUUCGGGGAUGGCUCCGCAGUCGGUGGUCGUCCCCUCCCCGCCCGUCGGACCCUUCCAGCCAGGGGGCAGCAUGCUGGGAUUCCCGGCCUCCCCAGUCCCUAACCCAGCUACCAUCCCGCCUGGUCCCAAAUGA